AUGUCAGGAGUUUGGAACAGGUUAGUGCCGAGACAGAAAAGAGAUGAUUUCUUUCAAAAAACCCUGUUUGAGUGGGUCUAUGCGAACUUGGGAGAUCAGUCUGUUGUCGGAGAUUGUCCAUGGUCCACGGUUUUUUCUAUGACUGUUUGGUGGGGUUGGAAGUGGAGAUGCGGCAAUGUUUUUGGUGUAAUGGGUAAAUGUCGGGAUCGGGUGAAAUUUCUGCGAGACCUUGCUAAGGAGGUGUUCCAAGCAAAUUCAGUGACGAGCCAGGGUCAUACAAGACCAGGUAGGGUGGAGAGGUUGAUCUCAUGGACCUGCCCGAGGGAAGGCUGGUGCAAGGUUAACACGGAUGGGGGGUCUAGAGGUAAUUCCGGGUUAGCAUCUGCAGGAGGAGUUAUGCGAUCUAAUACUGGUGAUUGGUGCCGUGGUUUUGCUUUGAACAUUGGUAUAUGCUCGGCACCUUUAGCAGAACUUUGGGGAGUUUACUACGGUUUGGUGCUGACAGGAAUAAGUGAUUCUCAUCCACUGUCAUUCCUAAUGCGUUUGUGCUAUAGCUUCCUUGCAAAGAACUGGAUAAUUCGAAUCUUUCACGUGCAUAGAGAGGCUAAUCGUCUAGCAGAUGAAUUAGCUAACUAUGCGCUCUCGUUACCGCUUGGUUUUCAUUAUUUGGACGUUUGUCCGGUUAAUUUACAUUCUAUUAUGUUAGCAGACUUUAAUGGGAUUGUGAUCCCACGGCUUGUUCGGUUACAAANAAAACUCAAACCGUACUCUCUAACCUCACCGAUUUCGAGUUCUAAUUCUAAACUAACGGUGAAGCUCAGUUCCAAUUGUCACGCUCAAUUGAUCGACGCGGUUCACAAUCUCUUCGUCGGAGUUGGUGUCGGACUUCCAUGUACGGUUAUGGAGUGUGGAGAUAUGAUCUAUCGCAGUACUUUGCCGAAAUCUAACGGUUUAACGAUCACUGCUCCUGGAGUGGCUUUAGCUCUCACUGCUUUAUCGUAUCUAUGGGCUACACCUGGAGUGGCUCCUGGUUUUUUCGAUAUGUUUGUUCUUGCUUUCGUUGAGAGAUUGUUUAGACCUACUUUUAGGAAGGAUGAUUUUGUUGUGGGGAAGAAAUUAGGAGAAGGUUCGUUUGGUGUUGUUUAUAGAGUCUCAUUAUCCAAGAAACGUUCUAAUGAGGAGGGUGAGUAUGUUUUGAAGAAGGCGACUGAAUAUGGUGCAGUGGAAAUUUGGAUGAACGAGAGGGUUCGAAGAGCUUGUGGUAAUAGCUGUGCUGAUUUUGUUUAUGGAUUUCUAGAGAAGUCUUCAAAGAAAGGACCUGAAUAUUGGCUAUUAUGGAAAUAUGAAGGAGAAUCAACACUUGCUGGUUUGAUCCAGAGUAAAGAAUUCCCUUAUAAUGUAGAAACUAUCAUCCUUGGCAAAGUACAAGACUUGCCUAAAGGUUUGGAAAGAGAAAACAAAAUUAUUCAGACUAUCAUGAGGCAACUCUUGUUUGCAUUGGAUGGUCUUCACUCAACCGGGAUUGUCCAUAGGGAUGUUAAGCCUCAGAACAUUAUAUUCUCAGAAGGUUCUCGUUCUUUCAAGAUCAUUGAUCUUGGAGCUGCAGCUGAUUUGAGAGUGGGAAUUAACUACAUUCCGAAAGAGUUUCUCCUGGAUCCAAGGUAUGCAGCACCUGAGCAAUACAUCAUGAGCACCCAAACUCCAUCUGCACCUUCAGCACCUGUUGCAGCUGCACUUUCCCCUGUCCUGUGGCAGAUGAAUUUGCCUGACAGGUUUGAUAUCUACAGCAUUGGUCUUAUCUUUCUUCAAAUGGCAUUCCCAUCCUUACGAUCUGACAGCAACCUCAUUCAGUUCAACCGCCAGUUGAAAAGAUGCGAGUAUGACUUAACUGCUUGGAGAAAAUUAGUGGAACCUCGUGCAAGCGCUGAUCUCCGUAGAGGGUUUCAGCUAUUAGACCUAGACAAUGGCAUCGGCUGGGAACUUCUUACAUCAAUGGUCCGAUACAAAGCAAGGCAAAGAAUCAGCGCGAAAGCAGCUCUUGCUCACCCAUAUUUCGAUAGACAAGGAUUGCUUGCGCUGUCCGUCAUGCAAAACUUGAGGAUGCAGUACUUCAGGGCUACACAACAGGACUACAGUGAAGCAGCAAAUUGGGUGAUCCAGUUAAUGGCAAGAAAUGGGACAGAGAAAGAUGGCGGAUUCACAGAAACACAACUCCAAGAGCUCAGGGAGAAAGAGCCUCGAAAGAAGGCGAGUGCGCAGAGAAACGCUCUUGCAUCAGCACUUAGGCUUCAGAGGAAGCUUGUAAAAACAGUUACUGAGACUAUAGAUGAGAUUAGCGAUGGACGCAAGACUGUGUGGUGGAACCGAUGGAUCCCCAGGGAAGAGUGAAGACAGAAUCAACUUACGAUUUCAUUUUCCUUCCGAUAUUGUAAAUGUCAAUGUAUAUCUUAUUAACCCGUAGUAAAAAGUUUCUACUACUUGUAAAAUCAAGUAACCUUAAAGAAAACAUUGUACCUAAAGCCACACACUUGGCACUCUCUGAAGUUUUCAGAACUCUUGUGAAUACUUGUUGAUGUCA